UUCAAAACGUUUCCGAAUACAGCAAAAUGGAAUCGACCGAGUUGAUACCUGGUUUUCCCCAAGAAAUCGCAUACGAGUGCCUGACUCGGUUGCACUACUCGGCCCACCGAGUCGCCUCCCGAGUCUGCCGCCGAUGGGGGGAGCUCAUCAAAAGCAGAGACUUCUACAACCACAGAAAGCAAUCCGGGCUUACCCACAAGGCCGCUUCUCUAAUCCAAGCGCUUCCGGUUCGACCCGGAUCAAAGCUGGCCGGGCCCGUCGUUUACGGAUUGUCGGUUUUCGACCCGGAGAGGGGAGAUUGGGCCCGGGUCGACCCGAUUCCGAAGUACCCGGAGGGGCUGCCGCUGUUCUGUCAGGUGACGAGCUCGGAGGGGAAGCUGGUGGUGAUGGGCGGGUGGGACCCGGCGAGUUACCAGCCGGUGAGGGACGUGUUCGUGUACGAGUUCACGACGCAGCGGUGGAGCAGAGGGAGGGACAUGCCGGAGGUCCGGUCGUUCUUCGCCGCCGGGGAGUUCGACGGCCGGGUGUACGUCGCCGGAGGGCACGACGUGAACAAGAACGCGCUGAGGUCGGCGAGGGUUUAUGACGUCAGAGCGAACGAGUGGAGCGAGUUGAGUGGGAUGAGUGAGGAGCGAGACGAGUGCGAGGGGAUCGUAAACGGGUCGGAGUUUUGGGUGGUGAGCGGGUACGGUACGGAUAUCCAGGGCGGGUUUGUGGGGAGCGCGGAGGUUUAUGAGAUCGGGUCGGGUCGGUGGAGGCUGGUCGAGGACGCGUGGAGGGCGAGUGAGUGUCCGAGGUCGUGCGUUGGGAUUGGGAUGGAUGGGAAGUUGUUUUUUUGGGGGGAGAGGGAUUCUGCUGUGAAGUCUGGGCCGUGCGGAGUGGAGUUGGGCCGGUGGGCCUUUGUGUCCGGGUCGGGUUACCAAGGUGGGCCGCAUGAGUUCUUUUUGACUGAAAGGGAAAAUGGCAAGUUGAAGAAGGUGGAUGUGUGUGAGGAGUUCUCUGGGUUUGUUCAGUCUGGUUGCUUCGUGGAGAUAUGAGUGCUCUGGCUGUGCUUUAUAGAAUUAUAGCAAAGUUUAUAAAACUUUUGUAUAGAGUUGGAAGCAGUUUUCUUGUUUGUAUUAGGAAGAGCAAGAUGUAAAAGCAUUAAAGUUCUUUACAUCGUGUGUAAAAUAUAUGCAGUUCAACUGUUCAAGAGUUCCAGGCUGCUGGAAGUCUGAAACACAAGUUAAAACUCUGGCUUCGCCGACCGGUGAUAG